UGAUGACCACCACUGUUGCAGGUGCUGAGGUGUGGAGGCCAAGUCAGAACUCGUCACCCAGGCCAGGACUCCACCCUACCAGCUUGCUCGUCCUUCGUUGACCCCAGCCACACGGCACUGUCAGGUGACCCCACAACAGGUGUGCUGCCAUCAGAAGUGUACAAUGGGGGGCGUGAGGCCGCGCAGGAACACAAGGAGCCUCAGUUCACAGGAGCAGUCAGCUUCAGGCGAGAGGCGGCACAGAUGCGACCACUGCGGGAAAGCGUUUGCCCGGAAGUUUUCCCUUGCCAGGCACAGCACCACCCACACCAGCGGGAAGAGGGAAGAGGAACCCUGCAUGCCGGGAAGCCCUGUCAACACAAACACCAACACAGGCAGUGGUGGUGAGGCUGCAGGCAGUGGUGGUGAGGCUGCAGGCAGUGGUGGUGAGGCUGCAGGCAGUGGUGGUGAGGCUGCAGGCAGUGGUGGUGAGGCUGCAGGCAGUGGUGGUGAGGCUGCAGGCAGUGGUGGUGAGGCUGCAGGCAGUGGUCAGCACCCUGCCAUGCAAAGAGGCAGGAAGAGGAGAAAGAAGAAACCUGCCAUUCGGAGAAGACCUGCCAACACACACAUUGGUCUAGGCAGUGGUGAUGAGGCUGCAGGCAUUGGUGAUGAGGCUGCAGGCAGUGGUGGUGAGGCUGCAGGGAGUGGUGGUGAGGCUGCAGGCAUUAAGGAGGAGGACUUCAAGUGUGAGGAGUGUGGGAAGAGCUUUGGGUUCAAAAGCCUCCUCAACAGACACAUGCUCAGCCACACUGGUGAGAAGAAUUUCCAGUGCAAAGAGUGUGAGAAAAGCUUUGUACAGAAAGGUGAUCUCAAGAGGCACAUCCUCACCCACAUCAACGUGCGGAACUAUCCGUGCUCCGAGUGUGAGAAGAGCUUCGUGCAGAAGGGUGACUUCAAGAGGCACAUGCUGACCCACACGGGCGAGAAGAACUUCCUGUGCCCCGAGUGUGGCAAGAGCUUCGUGCGGAGGGACAACCUCAACACCCACAUCCUCAGCCACACGGGCGAGAGGAACUUUGAGUGCCAGGAGUGCGGGAAGAAGUUUGCGCGGAAAAACAACCUCAACACGCACAUGCUCACCCACACUGGGGAGAAGAAUUUUGAGUGCCAGGAGUGUGGGAAAAAGUUCAUACAAAAAGGCAAUCUGGACAAACACACCUUCAGCCACACUGGCCAGGGAAACUUUGAGUGCCAGGUAUGCGGGAAAAUGUUUCUGUUAAGAUCCUAUCUGAAGACUCACAUGCUGGGCCACACUAACGAGAGAAACUUCCCGUGCCUGGAGUGUGGAAAAUUGUUCUUGCAGAGAGGCGACCUCAACAGGCACAUCCGCAUCCACACAGGGGAGAAGAACUUCCACUGCCCGGAGUGUGGCAAAAGCUUCGUACAGAAAGGCAACCUGGAGAAGCACGUCCGCAGCCACUCGGGGGAGAGGAACUUCCACUGCCAAGAGUGUGGGAAAAGGUUUAUGUUAGAAGCCCAUUUGAAAAGUCAUAUGCUGGGUCACAAUAAUGAGAGAAAUUUCCCAUGCCUUGAGUGUGGUAAAAUGUUCUUGCAGAGAGGCGACCUCAACAGGCACAUCCGCAUCCACACGGGAGAAAAGAACUUCCACUGCCCGGAGUGUGGCAAAAGCUUCGUACAGAAAGGCAACCUGGAUAAGCACGUCCGCAGCCACUCGGGGGAGAGGAACUUCCACUGCCAAGAGUGUGGGAAAAGGUUUCUACUGGAAGACCAUUUGAAAAGUCAUAUGCUAAGCCACACAAAUGAGAGAAAUUUUCAGUGCCAAGAGUGUGGGAAGAAGUUCCUACAGAGGGGUGACCUCAACAGGCACAUCCUCACUCACACUGGCCAGAGAAAUUUCCACUGCCAAGAGUGCGGGAAAAGCUUUGCACAGAAAGGAAACCUUGACAGACAUGUCCUCACACACACCACUGAUGAAAAGUUUCAGUGCCAGGAUUGUGGAGAAAACUUUGUGCAGAAAGGAAAUCUAGACAGACACGUCCUCACCCACGCCGCUGAUCAAAAACUUCAGUGCCAGGAUUGUGGGGAAAGUUUUGUGCAGCAGAGUGAUCUUGACAGACACAUCGUCUCCCACAGGGUACAACAUCACCCUCAACCUCAGCCUCAGCCUCAGCCUCAGCCUCAACCUCAGCCUCAGCCUCAACCUCAGCCUCAACCCCAACCUCAACCUCAACCUAUGCACCAUCUGCCCUGGGGAUAUAUGCAUCAGGAAGGCAUCAUGUCAGGGGCCCUUCACUGUUGUAUGCAUCAGCAAGGCCCUUGAUAAGCAUGGGGCAGAAGGCAUCAUGUUUGGACCCAUACAAUUGAUAACACUGCAGUACACUAGAGCCAGACCAGUGCCACAUACUCCAGUUGAGGUCUAAUGCUGCUUCCAAGUAUUAGAAACACUCACAGGGAAAGUUUAUCACUAACCCGUCUGCUGCAGCUGACUUGAAACUAUGAGUGGAAUGUUUGGACACUGGUGGCUGUACUGAACCAGACAGAUCAACACACCUUAUUCUGCUGCUGGCCUGUCUGUAGCUUCAUUAAUUUGGUAAGAGAAUUUGAGUCCAAAAUAUAUAUAAUGCCAGGUCAGCAGGGCUGAUUCUGGCCAUUUCGGUGCCCCCUCCCAACUUACACCAUCCCAACAGUGGUGGACUCUAGACUGAUUUUGCAUCAUUGCAGAAAAUGUGGAAGGUGCCCACUAGCAAAUUUUACUUAUUACUAAUUUUUUUCCUUUCCCUAAGUGACCACCUAUAUUGCCGGUGCCAUCAGAUAUAUUCAGGAAGUGAAAACUGAAAAGAAAAGAAUGAGAUCAGAACAGUGGGGCAAGGGUAAAACAAUCCUAAAGGUUUCUUCUGCCUUUACAAAACAAAAACCAGAGAUAGUAUUGGAUCAUUUAGAUCAGGGAAUAGUAGUCCACUUGACAACAGACACUAGCAUAGCACUGAAUGAGCACUCCUUGUCAGUAUUUACUCAUGAAGAUGUGUUGUAAUUACCUGAAGCUGAUCAGAUGGUCAUGGGAAGGAAAAAAGAAUUGUUAUAUGAUGUUUCAAUAACCAGAGAAGCAGACAUUAAAGAGAUAAAUAAACUUAAGAAAAUCAA